CAAAUGGUACAAGACCAUACAUAUAGGUAACAAACGUCAGUCGUCCUCCAUCAAUUAUGAAAUAUAGGCACGAAUCUUGAUUAGAUCUUGUAAGGCCGAAUUCUUGUAGUGCCUCGUCCACCUGAUUAUUCCAAACCCUGCUCGAUUGUUUGAUCCCAUACAACGCACGCUUCAGCUAACACACCUUCUUUGGUUCACCAGUAAAGCCUUCAGGGUGCUUCAUGUAAAUGCGCUCAAACUUUAACUUGCCUUGCAAAAAUGCUGUUGCUGCGUCCAUUUGCUCGAUGUCCACAUCGAACUGCACCGCUAAACAGGUAACGGCCAACAGAUAACGAAUCGUUGAAUACCGAACAGCUGGUGAAUAUAAAGUCUAUAGACUACGGUGUAAUCGAUUCCGAUCGCUGCGAACAUCCCUUCACUACCAACCGCGCUUUGUGCCGUUCUACCUGUCCAUAAGCUCCACGUUUGGUUUUAAAAAUCCAAUUCGCUUUCUGCCCGAGGAAAGGUCGGUCAACUGUCAUGUUUCAUUCUCCUCCAGAGCUCUGAUUUUAUCCUCCAUUGCUUGCUCCCACAGUCUGUGGUCAUCUUGCUGUAACGCCUCAGCAACUGUUUGCGGGUCAGCAUGGUCGAUCAUUAUCACAUUCAACUGUUGGAGGAAAUAUGGGACAGCAUUUUCAUUAUAACACACAAAAUCGGUAUGCUAAUCUUUGCUCAUGUUCAGCUGGUCUUGUAAGUUGCGGUGGAAGCGCACGAUCAGGCAUGGCAUCUCUGGAACCAACGGGGUCACUACAGUUCACCUGAUCUUCGUGUUGAACCACGGUUGUAGUUCCGAUCGCCUUAACUUCAAUCUGCUCUUCUGACUCAAUCCAGGUAUAGAGUUCCAUGAAAUCAACUGGUUGUUGUUCGCACGCCAAUGAGGAAAACGAUCCAAACUCGCCUUCGCUCUCCCUAUCACCACGUCUCGACAGAUGAUGACAUACUGCAGAUCCGGGUUGUAGAUUCUGUACCCCUUCGAGUUCUCGGCAUAUCCGAUAAAGAUUCCUUCCACAGACUUCAAAUAUCAAACUUCCUUCGCUUUUGUUUGGGAAUGUGAUACAUUGCUCUUGAACCAAAAACUUUUAGAUGCUGAAUAUUCGACUUUCUUUGGGUCUAUUAGCUGCUAUCGAUAUUGCUCUCGACGAACAAAACGAGUCGCUUGCCUGUUUGCCCUUGACAGGCGAUACGCAUUCCAGCUUAACUUCUUUCUUGAGUUCAAUUCCAUCCACCAUUGUUGCCAGUUUGUACAUACCUUGUUGAUUCAAAUGUCCAAAUCUCUGUCAAAUUCCAGCUUCAACCGUCAGGAAGGGUUUAUGGGUAUUCUUCUGGUUCAAUCGAUACAGCCCGUCUACAACGGAUCCAGACUCGAUCAUGCUUCGAAAAAUUUUCCCAACUCCUAGUCAUAUGCGAACUUGCUGCAGAAUCGAACAACCAAGCAUCCUCCUUUCCGUGCUCCAUGGUCAGCAUGGCACACAGAGUACUUCUCUUGAACUCAGAAGCACCCUGCUUCUGGAGAAAAUUGCAGCAAACUGCCCGAACUUCGUGCAUGUAAAGCACGUUCCUGUUUUCUUAUUCGCCUUGAGUUGCCGAGGCUUUUGUUUCGUGUACAACGCUACUUCGCUUGACGUCUUCAAUGGCCAUUUAACAUCCUACCAUAUCAUCACCUUCACAACGUCCGCCGGAAGUUCAAUUCUCGAUGCUUGAAGCUCAUGACCACUGCGUCCACAUAAUCCUCCUCACAGGUGCAUUCUUCAAGCUUCACGGAUUAUAAUCUAUCCAGCAGGCCCAAUCUUCGUAGCAAACCGUAGUCCUGGUAAGCCUUCUGGAGUGCAUCAUAUGCUUCUUUUGUUGUCAAUACUUAAGCAUAUCGUCGCCAACGCCCUCUCGUCCAGGUCCGCGUCGAUCGCCUGACCGGCUGAACCGGUUCGAGAAAUCUUACGUGUCAUACAAAAAAAUUUGGGUUCUCAUACAAAAAAUCUUACAAGGGGGGGAGGGGGUAUCGAAAAAUCACAAAAAUCCCCUUACGUAAUAAAUGGACAGCCCCAUACAGGUUUUGCGUCAGAUUGAUGAAAUUCAAGAUAUUGGCGAGUUUUGGGAACGAUCUCCUUAAAUUUUAGCAAAAUUUCCAAAAUUAUAUAAAGAAAUGUAUUUUUUUUUUCAAUAAGAAAAAAAUAAUUUAAAAAUUAUUUCUCAAUGUUUAUUUGACAUAUCAUAAGUAGGUGAGUUUCAGUAAAAAAUUCAGCUCAAUCGGAGCAUUGAUAACGGAGAAUAAAAUGUGUGAAGUGAGCGACUUUGCUUAAAAAUACAAACAAAAAUCGAUUUCAAAUCAUCAACCUUGUAUGGAAAGUCGAAAAAAUUUCCGCUGUACUGUAUUUUUUUUCUUCGCGUUUUCGUACUCAGGGCAUGAUUCUACACCAAAAGCAAUCAUCAGCUUACCGAGUUCAAAAAUGCUGUAAACUAGUGUUAUUUGCUGUGUCAAUCAAGUGCACCAGGUCUUUCUGCCUCGAAAAAUUUUCCCAACUCCUAAUCAUAUGCGAAAUUGCUGCAGAACCGAACAACCAAGCAUCCUCCUUUCCGUGCUCCAUGGUCAGCAUGGCACACAGAACACUUGUCUUGAGCUUAGAAGCACCCUGCUUCUGGAGACAAUUUGCAGCAAAAUGCCCGAACUUCUUGCACGUAAAGCACGUUACUGUUUUCUUCUCCGCCUUGAGUUACCGUGGCUUUUGUUUCGUGUGCAACGCUCCUUCGCUUGACGUCUUCAACGGCCAUUUAACAUCCUGCAAUAUCUUCGCCUUCACAUCGUCCGCCGAAAGUUGGAUUCCCGAUGCUUGAAGCUCAUGAUCAUUGCGUCCACAUAAUCCUCCACAUAGGCGCAUUCUUCAAGCUUCACGGAUUGUAAUCUAUCCAGCAGGUCAAAUCUUCGUAGCAAACCGUCGUCCUGGAACGCCUUCUGGAGUGCAUGUCAAUACUUAAGCAUACGCAACUCCGGUCCAGUUCCGGGUCGAUCGCCUGAUUUUGAUCCGAUUUGACCGCUCUUCAAGAGUCCUCUGCGUAGUUCUGUCGUCCUGGCGACUUCUCGAUAGCCAGUACACUCACUGGGUUUCCGCAGGCACGCUCAUUUGCGCCGGAUUGUCCGCUACCUCCUGCAGUUCCUGCAGCAUUCGCAGAUGUCGUCCUCGUACUUCCACUUCCGUUAUCUCGUCCACUUAUGUUGCGUUCUUCGUCUCGAACUAUUUUCUGCUACUAUUUUUUCGUUGUCUUUAGUACUUCAGACUUCCUACUGCAGGUACACUAGGUCCAUAACAACUUGCAGUGGAAAUUAUAACGUGUGGUGUGUGCAGUGUCUGAACAAGGAAUGACUUACUAAAUCGUAGGGAACUACAAUCGCACGCUACGCCUCAACAACUUCGCCCACGCUCUUUUGUUCUUUUUUGAGAAUCUAAUAUCGCUGACGGACUGUAGCCUUGGCUCCUCGUGAUUUCGGUCGCUCAAUUGCUCCAAUAACUUUUCUCCAGGUGUCAUUUCGGAUACAAUGUUUCUCUGGGUGUAUCCUUACCGGGGUUUUUAAUAGGAGUCUAUUUCCAGCUCCUCGGCAAUGGACUGGAGUCCCCCACUGGCACUCGGAUGAUGAUCUGCCACUCCUAUAGCAAACUCCCCUCGCAUCCCAUAAAAAUUGAAGAAGAAAAUAAAUCCAAUGCACAUAAAUAUUAUCUGUUUCCAUUUGACGUACCUAACUAUUAUUUUAAAAUACUGAAAAUAUGAAUUUAAACAAAAAAAAACAUGAUCAAUACUCUCAAGCCCAACCUCUUUUCAUCUGAGCUCUAACGUACAAAGAACGAUUAUGUUGGCGUCUUCUAAAACAAGUUCGCAAAUGACAUCGAAACGACUCAACAUAUGAGCUGAGGUCUAUUACCGCGCAACGUAGUAUACUACCCAUCAAUCAACACCAAACGAAUCGGAUAACCGUUGUUGUUAGCACAUCCAAAAACAGAAUAGUGUCUUCAGCAGUACCAGUACCCAUUCCCAUAAACGAAAAUAAAGCAUUUUUAAAUUUGGAGUUUAAUUACACGGGUGUUGUAUUGCCCCUUACGGUGAAAUCAACUCGCUUCACACGCAUGGAAAAUAAACGAAACCGAAAGCAUCUUCUCCCAUUGACCACGCUCAACGUUGAUUGAUUUCUUUUCCUCGCAUGAAUCGUACUCUUUCAACAACAAACAAGGCAUUAGUAUGUACAUGCCCAAAUUCACGCUUAAUGUCACGACUCCGCUUCAAAAGGGUGAUUCACUGUGACCCACCAACUUUACGGAAGGUGUCUGCUGGCUGGAGGAUCUUCCGAAACGGCACACAGCCAGGUUUCACCGCAAAACUUUUUUCAACGAGUCGAUUGCUUUCGUCAUUUCACUCCCGGUACGCUGCGGAAAUAUGAAGGCCGGCGAACACUAGUUGGGACUGAAUCGUGCACUUUGGCGCCACACGUUGAACCAAAGAAAGCAAAAAUUGAUUUAGUUAUGGCAUGGCACUGCGGAAGGAGUAAGUAGCAAGGGAUAUCUGGAACAAGCUGCCAAUCACGAUUGGCAUUGUUACGGAAAGUGAGUAAUGUGACUUAAUUUAUCCACCAGCAGAGUUGUUGAGUGUCGGUCGGGGUUCUACCUUGCAUGCCAUCAGAGGGAAGCUCUCCGCACUACUGGUCGAGCGUGCAUGAGGUCUUUCCAAAAUUUAAAUGCGUUUUCGCGUACUCUCGCUUCUGGGUGCUGCAAUAGUAUUAAUAUGUUUCGAAAUAACUUUGAGAAAUUGUCACUGCGUGAUCACUGUCGUUGGUUAUAUGCAGAUUUUCGAAACGCCAAGCAUUGGAAUACUCACUGAGCGGUGGUUAUAAAAGUGGGACCAUUUGAAAUUGAAGUUUUAGUUUCGUGAAGGAUUCGGGUCGGAAAUGAGCUACUAAGCGUAAUUGUCGCAAAAUGAUUGAGAAGGUUUUGUUUAUCGUUUUGUUCUCGAUACAAUCGGCGCGUAGUGACGUUUUUGCAAGCAAAAGUAUUACUCGAGCGUUGGUUCCACCUCGAAGGGAUUCCGAAUACAAAAACGGAUAUUCUACUACGACAUCUCUGCCAGAAGUUAUUAUCAAUCGUCAACCUUCACGGACUACAACAGCUCCUCAACGAGACUUCCAAGGAUACUUCUACAAUCCACCGAGUAAUGAGUACAUACCUCCGGAGCAGCCCUUUGCAGAUGAACCGCAGCCACCGGCACAGAGACCGCCUCUCGCAGAUGAAUACCCAUCGGUGGACAAUCAAUACAUUCCUCCCGAUGAAGAUUCUGGAACUCCGGAUGAUACUCAAUUUGCGGAUCCGCCAGUUAACGACUAUCUUCCGCCACCGCAACAACCACCACAACGAGAUGAAAUUAUUAUUGUGACGACCGAACCAGGAUACCACUACAAUCCUCCGAGUUCACCGAUACCUCCAUUUGCGGAUGAAGGUUUCUCUAACCCAUCAACGGAUACCGGCUACAACUACGAACGUCCUUCCAACGCAUACAUUCCACCACUUGGAAGAGCAUUGCGGGAUGAAGUUCCCGGCAGUUCUCGUCCCAUAAGACUACAGCUGAACGACCUUACGUGCCUGGAUAACAAUGGAGGAUUUUUCCGUUCCUCGCUUACCAUACAAAGUGCUAUUGACAGUGUUCCUCUGGUAGAUGUGACUAGCGAUGGGGACCUAAGUGGUUGUGAUAUUCGGGUAGCCCAAAACAGACUGCUAGUGGACAUUGAAUCGAACUACUUCCCCAGAUGUGGUGUCCAACCGUGUGGUGUAAAUUCUCGCGAACUGUGUCUCCGGUUAAGAUUUCCUCAAAUAGCGGGCAUGCGAACGGCUGCGGACUCAAUUCUCACCCUACAGUGCAAAAUACAACAACGUGUCGUGGCAAAGACUCAUUCUGUUCGACUCGGUGUGAAUAAUGAUGUGCAAGAAAGAAGUGCGCCCGGUACGUUUGCCUUCGGAGGAUCCCAACGGCCCUUUCGGACGCAGCUGGGGCUUUUUCGGAGGUCCGAAAACGGAAACGGGUUCACCCGGGCACUCGAUCCAGGUGGUUCGGUAGUUCUGGGAGAAGAGUUGAUGCUGCGCACCCAAGUUCGUAGCGGAGAUGGUUGGAACUUUACGCGGCUAUCCGAUGUCGUUAUGCAACGACAGACCUCUGCGGGUAGCGUGCUCAACUCGGUGGCCAUCCUGACGACGAACGGUUGUCUGAAUCCAACCAUGAGAGCAAUCAGCUCAGUGGCUCCCGUGGCGGAAUCACCGCUCAGCUAUAGGUUGGCCUUCCGGGCCGCGAUGUUCCAAGGGAUGCGAAGCGGAGACGAAAUGGUUAUGCGGGUGCGAAUAGUUGGCUGUGUGGAUCGACGGGAAUGCGCUGUGGAGAACUGCUCGGCCGUCCGUUCCAAAAGAGAUACCGCAGACAACUCCACAGAAGACACCUCUGAAGAAGACGAACUCCCCUCCGAGGUGGCAUCGAUUUCGUUCCGAAUCAUACUGCCGUCCAAUUCCACCUUCGACCUUCGCUCUGGCGCCCAAACCACUUCGUCGUUUCUCACGCUCUCGGUGGCAGUGAUCAUUUCGGUCGUAAUGCUAGUAGCGCUAAUCGUUCUGAUUACCGUCAUAAAGCUGUACCGAACCAAGCGGCUGCCCUACGAUGAGUACCGAUCGGAUUAAGUGCAAUGAAAGACAUCAACACGAUCAACCUCAUAUCUAGUUGGUUCCGAACGAAAGCGAACGUAGGUAAAUAACUAGCCGGCCGUGUUGUCGCCGGCGCACUUUGCAGUAGCUGUUAGCACAUGCCACUGCUUAAGUGAGGGAGAUACCUUCAUCCGAUCUCUAAGGGGUAUCGAACGUGUGUAUACUCUAUUCUCCAGACCAGUCAUAAUGGAUGUAAUAAAAUACAAAAAAGAGUCAACCCAAUCACUAAACAGUGUUGCUGUAAAAUAGAAAAAAUAAACACAUUUAUUCAUGAGCUGUGCGGUUGGUGCAGUUCGUGAUGGAUAAAUAAGUUAUUAUAUUUAUUAUAUGGUGCUAAGGAAAAUGCAAGCAAGCAUGGAAGCAAUAAAAAACUGGUAGCCUAAUGAAAUCUCCUGGGAAUUCUAUUACCUCAUCAACCAACAACGAACGUACUGUCUAGUUAGUAAUGUCGUCGUCAGCGUCUCUGCUCUACGGUGCCGGUUUGUGCUCAUUGAAAUGAUGAAGGAAUCGAACAGUAACGGGAAAUAAGACCACAAGCUGAUCCACUUUUUGUUAGCGGUGUAAUUAUAGUUUAAUUAAUUGUAUAUUGAUUUUCAAAAUGGAAAUAAAUCGAAUGAAGUUAUACCGAAAUAAA